UAAACCAUCAUGGCUAGCUCGAGCACCGUCGUCCUUGGGUUUACUUGCGUGCUACUCAUCUGCAUGAUGGCAUGUGCACCACUUGCUCAGGCCGCCGUAUCAUGUAGCACCGUUCAAGGCAGUCUGGUUCCUUGCUUAACCUACGUUUCGAAUAACGGUGCUGGGGCUGUCCCUCCAGCCUGUUGCAAAGGGAUUGCUUCCGUCAGCAAUUCUGCCAAGACCACGCCCGACCGCCAGGCCGUCUGUGAGUGCUUGAAAAAAGUUGCUUCUCUCGCCUCUGAUAUCAACCCUGCAGUUAUAGCUGGUAUCACCGGCAAGUGCAACGUUAAAAUUCCAUACAAGUUCAGCACCUCCACCAACUGCAAAACCAUCACAUGAGCGAUUAACGGAGAAGCAAUGGUCAGCCACGGGAUGAAGUAGUUAUAAUUAGCAUGAGAAUAAAAUGGGUGUUAGGCCCACACGUACGUGACUCCUCACGUGGGAGUUUUUUUUUUUUUUUUUUUGAAUAGACACGUGGGAGUCAUUUAUGUCUCCUUGCUGUUGCAUACUUGUAUUUCAUCAUGUACUGGCCACUUUUAUGCAAUAAAUACCCUAAAAAUUAUUACA